AUGCAGCGAUCAGCAGCCAGUGUAGCAGCCAGGGGCGGCGCCUGCCGGCAGCUGGCGCGCCCUCCAGGCGGCAGCGGCGGCAGGCGGCAGCGAGCAGCGCGGCGCCCGCCCCAGGCCGGCCUGUUUGACGAUUUGCUGAACUUCGAGUCCUGGGCGCCGCGCAGCUCGCAAGCCUGGAGGCUGGGCAACAACCCGAACCGAAGGGAAGAGAAGGGCGGGGAAGGGAAGAUCCAGGAGGAGGAUGUGGAUGUGCUCAACCAGCGGCUGGCCGAGGCGCGCCAGGGUGGAGCGGCAGCGCCCGCAGACGCAGCGCCCGCCGCAGCCGCAGAGGAUGCGGAGGCGGCGCAGCCCAGCUUCCUGCAGUCCACAGACGAGCAGGUGGCCAGCGCGCUGGCGGGGCGGAUCGCCGAGGUGGCGUCCGGCGGCGGCGGCGGCGGCGGCGAGGGCGGCGCGCUGACGGGGCCGCUGCUGCGGGACCUGGUGUAUGGCAAGUGGGGCAAGGCCUACGACCUCUCCUUUGUGCGCCGCGACCUGCCGCUGGGGAAGACGCUCAUCUGCCUGAACGUGAUGUGGACCCACCUGGAGCAGCGCUCCUUCCCCAUGAGCGAGGAGGAGUAUGACGAGAAGCUGGAGCUCAUGGCCCUCUACCUCAAUUCGUGGGGCCAGGCGGAGCGUGUGGAAUCCUUCCUGCGGCAGCCGGCCCGCCCGCGCAAGGGCAUGCCGUCCAAGCCCAUCGUCGGCAUCGCCAUUUCGAUACAGGCGAGCUGGGGACUGGCCCUGGAGGAUGCUGUGGUGGAUGAGUUCUUCUCUCAGGGCGGCGCGUGA